AUGGCCAUGCUCAGGUACAACGCGCUGCUAAACCCUCGUCCCUGGGAUGGAGUUACUAUUGCAAUGAUGAUUUUCUCCGGAAAAAGAGAAAUCGCUUAUCCCAGCGAGGCAGAUGUGCUCCUGUUCCAAUCUGUGCUUUGUUUUCUCAGUGUUAUAGGUUCCAGCUCCAUUAUUGCCUACGCCGUCUUUCAAAAUGCAGUGCGGUCCCCCGAGGUUCGUCCACUUUUCUACCUGAGCCUCUCCGACCUAUUUCUGGGCAUGUGCUGGCUCGCUGGGGCGCUUCUCUAUAGCACGCCAACCUCCAAGCAGGAUCUCAUCUGCUAUAACCUGCAAGCGACAGGACAAAUAUUCUAUGUGGCAUCUUUUCUAUACACUGUCAACUACACCUGGCAUCUGUACAUGGACCUAAAGAUGAAAUACAAUCAGAACCUUCACAGGAUGCCCCCCCAGGUUGUAGAUUAUGUGAGUUGCAUUGGCCGAAUAGCAACGAUCUUGUCUAGCCUGAUCCCUUUUUUUCUCAUGGUGCCCGUGUUUUGCCUGGGAAACAGCAAUAAUUGCUACCAGAACUUCAGCCAGAAGCAUGGAUGUCUCUUGAUGCACACGGAAAUAGCCAUGCCCACCAACGAGCCGCAAACCCUGAGUGGCUCUGUUUGCCGUGCGAUGCAUUUCUAUGGCAUUGGGGUCUUCCUCAUUUUCUUUCUGAUUAGCUUCAUAGCCAUUCUGGUUAUACUCAGUCAAGCCCGAGGUUUGUACAAAAGGUUCGUAAACUCCACAGGAUUCCUGGGGGAUCAGCAGUGGGCCAUGAUUAAGAUGGUGGAACAACGAGUGGUUUUUUACCCCGUCGCAUUCUUCUGCUGCUGGGCCCCAGCUGUCCUGCUUGGAAUACUGAAGCUGACUGUUUCAACAAACAGCAAAAUCUACAUGGCUCUUCUAAUUCUACAGGCUCUGACAGCAGCUUCCCAGGGGCUUCUGAACUGCAUCGUGUACGGCUGGACGCAGCACGUCUUCCUCUCCCUCAAACGCAACGCCUGCCGGGACGUUGACACUCAGACUCCUCUCUUGCGCUCCCAGAAGAAGUUCUACGACAGCACCUCCUCACCGGGCAGAGAGGGGUCCACGUCCACCCUGCUCUGA